GUCAGCGCGGUUCAACACUGUAGCUUUUUUUUUAAUUGGAGCUCACACAAGGAACGAGCAAUUUUACCGAAAAACAGCAAAUAAUUUAUUUGUUUGUCCAGGGCCAACUUCAUCGAUGUUUUCUUUUAAUGUUUUGUGUCUUAGUGAAUUUGAGAAUAUCAGUACUAAAAUGUUGUGAACGCCCAUAAUAUUCUGAGUUGAUGAUUGGAAAUAAAAAAUAAACAUGCCUGGAGAAUCUCUCAAAUUAAAUGUGAAGAGGAUUUGCAUAGAAGUUUUGGGUCUAUUAUUUAUACUAUCUGGAUUAAUACUGUCAAUUUGGUCAGUUGAGAUAAUAGGCCAUGAAUAUGUUAUAGACUACACAGAUUGCCUUGACCUUAGUGAGAAGACGAAGUGUAAAGAUGUCUUCUCAAUUACGAGCGAAUGCAAUUGUUUCUUAAACGUCAAUAUAACGCAGCCAAUGAAUAGAACUGUCACCGCAUAUUAUGAGCUGGAAAGCUUUGACCAGAAUCUGUAUUAUUAUUCAAGGGAUAACAAACAGUUGUCAGGUGAACUCUCAACGAAUGUUUCCGAAUCCUGUGAGCCAUUUGCUUAUGUGACAUCGGAUAAAGGCAGAAAGCCUAUCGCUCCUUGUGGUGCUUUAGCCGAUCGCAUGUUUAACGAUACACUGAUUCUUCAAAAAGAUAACUCGUAUGUGCCAACUGUACAAACUGGUUUAUUAUCAGAGAAUGACAAAGCGUUGUAUCGCAACCCUUCAGCAAACAUACAAGCAGCUUUUAAAGAGUACGCGAAACCAAUAAACUGGAAAAAUAAUAUAUGGGAACUGGAUCCGUCUAAUCCAGAUAAUAAUGGAUUUAAGAAUGAGGCGUUCAUAGCAUGGAUGAGAACAGAUUUGAAACGGAAACCUCUUUGGAGGAUAGAUGACAAGCCACCGUACCAAGACGGUCUGCCGGAAGGAGUUUAUGUACUUCGUGUAACUUAUGCCUACCCUCCAUCGGUGUACAACGGCCGCAGACUUUUUGUAAUCAGUAAUCGUAAGCGCGUCGUAAACUAUGUCGUAGUAGGGCUUACCGUAGUCCUCAUAAGCAUAGGUCUAAUAGUUUUGGCGGGUAAAAUGUACUUCAAUAGAAAAAAGUACGGUAAUUAUAUUCAAUGUAAAAUGCGUGUGCCGUAAGGUGUGGUGUAAAAGGUUGUACCUAUUCAAAUGUCGUGAUCUAUGACUUAUUAAUUUAUUUUUAAUAUUAAGCUUAAUCUUCUCGUAAGUUUUUAAUUUACAUAUAUUUUUUGAUAUUAAGCUUUGUUGCUACUUAAAAAAGCCUUCCUUAUUUCUUUAAAGACUAAUUUAGUUAACAUCUGUAGACCAACGACUAUCUGUAUAUUUUAAGUUUGUGUAAGGAAUGUACUUAGCGAUAUGGAAACAGUGAUGUUUACUUUUAUAAGUUGCAAUAUGAGGCUUUUACGUUACUUUUGUGGACAAGAAUCUCAGAAACCAGCUUGACUUAGUCAGACACCGACAAAACCGUCUUUUUUUAUAUGGAACUUUGGACUUGACGGUUUUAAGCCGUGGUAUUUCUAUUUAUGCAUUUCUAAGGUUUAUAGACAAGGCGAGAAUAUCGUACAUGUUGCGAUACAUUGCCGGCGAUAAUAUAUCACUUAUGUAUUGUAAUAUAAUUUUAAUUGAAUGCACUGUAGAUUCCAAAAAGGUUUCAUACUAGGUAAAUGUGACCAGAAUAUUGAAAGAAAUAAAGAUAAAUGGUAUGUUAUUAAUGUAUCUAUGGACUGUUGUUACUAUUUUAACAUUUUAACUAAAUAUGUAAAUAAGAACACCGAAGCACAUUCGCACUUCCGUGUUUGUUAGUUUGUUGCUGUUAAAUGAGGUUUAACUGGUUGACGUUUAAGUUUUCGAACCGUGAUCUGAGUUAUAUGAGUAUCAUAGAAUGCGAUCUACUACCAUUUGUGGGUAAUACCAGAACUCACUAAUUUAAAUAAGUAAGAAUGUUAAAAGUCCAAUUUCAGCCAUAAUUAAAGGUACUAUUUUUAUGUAGAGUUAUAGGAUUGUCCAUUGCUCCGGUAGAUUUGAAAUAACUAGAAACAAAUUUUCUACUUAAUUUAAUAGACUACGAAAAACAACCUUAGUGCAUUGAUUUUGGGUUGACUUGAGAAAGUUGGUUGGGUCGAGUUGUAACUGAUGAGUUAUGUUAUAAAAUAUUAAUAGUUGAAGGUUGAUUUUACGGUACAAAAUAUUACAAGUUAUGGUCAUCAUUUCCCUCAAAACAUUUUAAAAGUGCCGAUUGUCCAAAUACUUUCUUCCAGUCUUGUACAGAACUAUGGCUACUUGAUGAUAUAACAACGCCAUCUGGUCUCAAACUAACCAAAGCUUGCAUUAUGAGUACAAGAAAGCUGAUACAUAAACAUAUAUAUAUAUAUAUAUAACCAGACCAUCAUUUCGCCUGGGAAGGAAUCGAAACCAUGACCUGAAAAUCAGUCAGGGUCACUGCGCCAGCAGGCCAGUUUUUAAUUAGCUCGUUGUUUUUUUUCGGAGAAUCACCCAGAAACUGUAUUAGUACAAGAAUUCUCAUUACAAAGGCUGAUCUACUCUAUCAAUAUCUGAUGAACUAUUUUCUUCUUUGUUCUCUAUGCUACUAGUUUUUUACUCUUUAAAAUAAGUAUAUGCACUAUAUUUGCACUAUUCCGCCUACUUAAAGGAAUAUAGUAACCGAACACUUAAUCUUUUUAUAAUGUGUGCACUAUUUAGUAAUACAAUGUAUAGAUGUUUAAUAAUAAUAAAUAACUUUAAUGUAUACUUACUUCAUUGUCUACCGAGACUGUGAAAAUUAAAAAUCUCUAAAUUUAAGCAAAAUCUGCUUAAAGUAUUUUACUCAAAUGAUGCUCAUCACAAAAUGGAGUAGCCAGCUUUAAUUAUUAAAUCUUUAGUAACUAUAAGAACACAACUUUUUAAUAAAUUUCUCGAAUAUUAUGCUUGUAUAGUUAAAAUUUAGAGGCCUUAGAUAAUGGUGCUUGCGAUACAAUUAGAAAUGUACGUGUAACUAUACAACAGCUUACUUUGGAGUUUUAAGACACUAACGCACAAUUUUAAAUGUAAUUUAUUGAAUAGAAAUUAUUUUUCUAAUGCGUACCUGUAAUACGUGUAAGAUAAAACAGCGGAAGAAAGACGAUGCUCUACAAUUUAUUCGUGUAGCGCCGUCUGGCUUCCGUAAGAACAAGUUUUUAUGUAAUAUUUUUUUAUUUAUAAUAUAUGUUUAGAUGAAAUAUCUCUUCUAUUUACGUGAUAAAAGCUAUACCAAAAAUGUUUUAAAAUAAAUAACUUAAAAACUA